UUACAAUUGAGGGCAAUGUUGUUGUACACUCCGUAUACAGUGGUGGUAAGAUGAAGGUCCACUGAACAGCUGACUUGCAAACAUUCAAAAUUAUCGAUAGCAAGAACACAACGACGCAGCAGCAGCACGAAUCAGCAGCGCAGCGCAGUGACUGUAGCAGCAAAUAUUAUGCGAAACAAGAAAUCCAUAAAAAAGUAGAGCAGCAGCAGCCGUUGGGGCGGGGUAAGCAGCGGGAACAGCAGCAUGGAACCUCCAGCGCACGUUACCGCAACGGCGGGCAUUGUAACGGGCGAAAUCUCUCCGGAUGCUGAGCAAGACAGCCAAGUGACAACAGCGCAUAAUAAUGACGAGCAAGCGGAUAACGGUGAAGACGAUGAUGACGACGAUGACGAUGAUGAUGACGACGCCAAGGAUGCUUAUUACGAGGCGCGCAACGGCAAUGAAAGUGACGAACUAGAAACGGCAUUCGAAAGUGCAUUGACUUUGGCUAGUGACGUCAGAGUGAGCGUUAGUGACGCAGAUGCCGAAAUUGAUGAGAGCAAUAGACAGACCACAGAUCAACAGCCAGACGCUGAUCAACUGCAGCAAGAUGCGAACGGCGAUGUUGUGAUGCGGGAGAAGCCCAAUCAGACUUCAAGAGACUUGCAACCAGAGACAAGCAACGAAAACGAAAAAAGCGAACUGCCAGUGGCGGGAGCGCCAGCUUCAACGGCUGCCAAUGGCGAAUUGGGCAGACCACGCAACCAACAUCAGACACUGCUCACGACCAAGUCCUGCGAGACGCCCAGCAGUACGGGAUUAGCGUCGGCUUCUGCAGCGACCCUGUCGCCCAGCAGCUCGUGCAACGGCAGCAUUGGCAGCGAUGGCAGCUGCAGUGUGGGCGGCGGUGCUCGUCGCAAAUCCUGGACGCUGUCGCCCCAAAAUGGCGUUUGCAAAAAGAAGAGCAAACCGAUUGCCGUGGCCACUGCGACAACAUCCAAUGGCGAUAGCUUCAAUUUGUGGGUGGCGCGUGAAUGCUUUGAAACAGUGCCCGCCGAGAUGGUGGAUGCGCUCAGCAUUGCAGAGCUGCGUGAGCAGCAGAAUGAAGAGUCGCACGGACUGGACGACGAUGACGAUGACGAUGAUGUGGACGAAGAAGCAGCCGCUGUUGAGAGCCUGCUAGGUGCUGCAGCAGCUCUGCAGGCCAGCGCCUACUUGGGCGGCGGAGUGCACAGCCGUCAGAAGCACUUGCGACAGCCGCCGCCGCAGCAUCGUCCGCUGGAGCGCUCGUGGCCGCCACGUGCCAUUGGACGAGAACUGAAGCUGCAGGGUGAUGUCUUCAAAUUCGAUAUACUCGAUACAGACGAGCGCAUGCACUGCGAGGAUGUGCCCAGCUAUAGUGGUGCCAGCAGCAGCAACAACAAUUCGCCGUUGCGCCUGCUAGGCCAGCCGGAGGCCAGCCCACCGCCGAUGCGAUUCAAGCCGCUGAUCCAGAAGAAGAUCGGGCCCGACAGCUACAUUAAUACGAUCAGCACCCAGAAGGUGCCGGCCCAUUUGACAUAUGACUUUCCCACAUUCCCCCUGCAGGAGCAGCAUAACAGCAGCGCCAGCGCCAGCGCCAGUGGCAGUGGCAGUGCCAGUUGCAGCUCUGGCGCUGCCAGUUCGAAUUCGAACGGCCUCGGCGGUCAUCACUUUCCUUACUUGCGACAACAUCGUCCCUUGACACGAGCACUGUCCAAUGGCAAGGCUGCCGGCCCAGCAGCGGGCAACGAGGAGCCCUAUCAUUUGCCCUGCAGCAGCAGCAACAACUCGCCACGAUUGCUGCUCUCGCCCAAACGUCAGCGGAGUCCGCCCUCGGGCUGUUCGACGCGGAGCGUGUCUCCGCUGGAUCUCAGCCUCAGUCCCGAGUCACAGCAUUCGCCUACACGCGGACGAGGCGUGGGUGGCCUGGAGGCCAUACUGCCACUGCCGUUGGCACCACCGCCGCCGCUCGGCACGCCUGCUUUUCAUGCACAGCGGCCACAGCAGCGACUCUUGAAGCGUGUGGGCGGCGGCGGCGGCGGUGGUGGUGGUGUAGCUGCAGCUUCCGCUGCUGGUGGAUUAGUUUGCCCACCGACACCCACACAUCACGCACGCCGGCAUGCGCGUCUACAGGCCGUCACUGCCAACUCCGCUGCUGUGGCCGCGGCGGAGCCCAAUUCUAGUCAAUUGCAGACGCCGCCUGGCUCACCGGCAGGCGUACGUUCAGCAGAUGUGGAUGACAGCAAUGACGUGGUGCACAUUAGCAGCACUCGUCUGCCUUCCAUACCGGAGCGUAGUGCGGCAGCUGCAGCGGCGGCAGCAGCAGCGGCAGCUGCCGCAGGCGCUGGCAUUAUGGACAACUCCGGCGGUGGCUGUGGUGCCAUGGUGGAGGCGCCGCUGCCGCCCGCCUGGGAGGCGCGCAUGGACAGUCAUGGACGCAUAUUUUAUAUUGAUCAUACGACACGUACCACGUCCUGGCAGCGACCAGGUCCAAGCACGGGCCCCGGCGGCCGGGAGCAGCAUCAUCGCCAGCAGCUGGAUAGACGCUAUCAGUCCAUACGGCGCACGAUCACCAACGAGAAUCGGCUCUCGUUGCACUCGGCCGAGCCAUCAACGGCCCACGCCGGUCCCAAUCAGCUCUACAGUCUUCCACACGGCACUGGCCAGGCUGCAGCUUCAACUGCAUCUGGCGCCGCUGGCGCUGCCUGCGCAGCCGGCGCAACUGUUCCGCCCGCCUCGCUCAAUCUGGCCAUACAUCCGGCGGUGCUGAUGCUUUGCCGUCCCGACUUCUACUCGCUGCUGCACACGAACGAGGCGGCGCUGGCCAUUUACAAUCGGAACGCUGCGCUCAAGCACAUGGUGAUGCGUAUACGUCGCGAUCCGCAGUGCUUCCAGCGCUAUCAGUACAACAAGGAUCUGGUGGCGCUUGUCAACACGUUUGCGCAGCUCAGCCGCGACCUGCCCUCCUGCUGGGAGACCAAGAUAGAUCAGUCUGGCAAGCAGUUCUUCAUCGACCACCAGCAUCGUAAGACAUCCUUCAUGGAUCCUCGCCUGCCAGUCGAGUGUCCGCGCGUUGUGCGUCAUCGCCAGCAGCAGCAGCAGCAGCAGCAGCAUCAAUAUAUGCAAAGAGAACCGCAACCGGAUCUCGUGGAUGGCAACUGUCUGUCGGCCACCAGCGGCCACAUCAACUCGAGCGCAUCGCCGUCGGUGUCGGUGUCGGUGUCGGGCGUACCGCCGCUGCCACCACCUCGUCCAUGUCGUGGCAGCGUCAAUCAAGCUGCCAGCUCACAUAACUGCACCACGGCAGCGGCCAUUGCCUGCGCCCUGAGCCUCAGCGGUGCCGUCGGCGGUCCCAGCACCAGCUCCCCCAGUAUCCCUGCAGCCGCAGGCCAAGAGGAUGUGCCGAUAGCCUACAAUGAAAAAGUUAUUGCCUUUCUGCGACAGCCCAAUAUUCUCGAAAUUCUGCGCGAACGUCAAGGCCAACAUACUGUAUCUCGAUCACUGCGCGAAAAGAUAAACAUACUGCGAGUUGAGGGCGUGCCCGCUCUGGAGCGUCUGGGCCAUGAUCUUCAGUUGACCAUUCUGCUUAGCCUGUUCGAGCAGGAGAUCAUGAGCUAUGUUCCUAUUGAAGAACGCAGCCCGCAGGGCUCCCCGGUGCUCAGCACGCGUAUGCCGCAGCGUGCGCCGCCGCCAUUCCGUCGAGACUUUGAGGCCAAGCUGCGCAGCUUCUAUCGCAAACUGGAGUCGAAGGGUUACGGCCAGGGUCCGCAUAAGCUGAAACUGCACAUCCGACGCAGCCAUCUGCUGGAGGACGCAUUCCGCAGGAUUAUGUCGGCCAACAAGAAGGAUCUGCAGCGCGGGCGUCUAGCCGUGCUGUGGGACACCGAGGAGGGCCUGGACUACGGCGGGCCGUCGCGCGAAUUCUUCUUUCUGCUGUCGCGCGAGCUGUUCAAUCCCUACUACGGACUGUUCGAGUACUCAGCCAAUGACACGUACACGGUGCAGGUGUCGCCGCUGUCGGCCUUCGUGGACAAUUGCCACGACUGGUUUCGGUUUAGCGGGCGCGUAUUGGGUCUGGCGCUGGUCCAUCAAUACCUGUUGGACGCCUUCUUCACGCGACCCUUCUACAAGGCGCUGCUGCGCCUGCCGGUGGCCCUCAGCGAUCUGGAGUCGCUGGACAACGAGUUCCAUCAGUCGCUGCAGUGGAUACGCGACAACGAUAUCGGCACUGGCAUCGACCUGGGACUCACCUUCUGCGUCACCGAGGAGCUGCUGGGGCGUGUCGUCGAGCGCGAACUGAAGCCGGGCGGCAAGAAUCUGAUUGUGAAUGAGAAGAACAAGAAGGAGUAUCUGGAGCGCAUGAUCAAGUGGCGCUUGGAGCGCGGCGUUCAGGAGCAAACGGAGUCGCUGGUGCGCGGCUUCUAUGAGGUGGUCGACUCGCGGCUUGUCUCCGUCUUUGAUGCCCGCGAACUGGAGCUGGUGAUAGCCGGCACAGCCGAGAUCGAUACGAACGACUGGCGCCUGAACACCGAAUAUCGUUCAGGCUACCAUGACAACCACCAGGUGAUCAUCUGGUUCUGGCAGGUGAUCGAGCGCUUCAGCAACGAGCAGCGUUUGCGUCUGCUGCAAUUCGUCACCGGCACAUCGAGCAUCCCCUACGAGGGCUUCUCGGCGCUGCGCGGCUCCACCGGACCACGACGCUUCUGCAUCGAGAAGUGGGGCAAGCCCAAUGCCCUGCCACGCGCCCACACCUGCUUCAACCGCCUGGACCUGCCGCCCUAUCCCACGCCAGAGCUGCUCUACGAGAAGCUGCUGCUGGCCGUCGAGGAGACCAACACCUUUGGCAUUGAGUGAACUCCGUGACUAAGUGCCCACUGAAGCUGGAGGUCAAUGUGGAUCUUGAUGUGGCUAUGACUUACAUUUUGCUGCUCAUGCGUGAUAUUUGCAGGAGUUUCUCGGUUGUUUAUUCCACUUUUUUUUCGUAUUUUUAUAAUUAUUAUUAGCUUUCCUCCCACUUUAUUUAUUGUAUGUAUUUAGUGGCUUCGACUGGCGGCAAAUUGUUGCGGCCAGCACAUUCGAUUAGCUAAACAGACUGUUAUAUUUUUUUUUUUUUUUUUUUUUUUGCUUACCUAACAACAAAUCAUGGCUCUUAUAUCGUAUAUAUAUGAAUAUACUAUAUGGAGAUUGAUUUGAUGGCAAAUCAUGUAACUUGCAAAUUUGAACCUUUUGAAUUGCCGCUUUAGCUUUUGCCGUUUACCGUUACUGUUACCGUUACCUCAACAACUUUUUGCCAGCAUCCCAAAGGUGCCGCACAUUGCAGUCAUUAGAGAUAAGUUAAACUAGAUAUACACACACUCACACACACAGUCACACACUCACACACACACACACACAUACACACAUCUCUGGAACCAAUAACAAACUGCAGUCGAAUGAACUGCAACUGCAACUGGUUCGUUCACAUGAACUUGUUUACUUAAAAGCUGCCUAAAGGAACUUUGCAACUUAAACAUAGCAAAAAUCAAACGAAACUUAAAGCUCUCGUCCCGAAAGCUAAGCGAAGGAGCAACUUUCUUAGCACUUCAAAAACGAAACCAAAAAAAAUUAAAAAAAAUAUAUAUGAAAAAAGAACUAAUUUAGGUUAAUGAAGAAGACCUAUGAACAAAUUCUACGCCAAUACUUAAAUAGCUUGUAAUUUCUUAGCCUUAACAAA